GCAUAAUACUCAAAAGGGGUCUAAUGGAAAGUAAUAAGUGAUAAACAAAAGGAGAGGGGCCGCUAAAAAUGAAAGAUGUGCUUUUCCCAUGUCCAUGUAAGAGGAUGGGUGAGUAAGGCUGGGGAAUUGGUGUCUCGGUGACGUGCGCACAGGCAAUAUUUUAUUGCAGAGGCAGAACAGUUCUUCUCCACCUAGCGCGCGCUCAAAACGCACGAAGAGCACCUGCUGAUGAAAACAUGAAUCUGUGAGCGCUGUCAGUACGAGAAAUCAAAAGGAUUAUCGAUAUCAUCAUAAACUUUAACAGGUUAACAUGAAAAAAGUAUGAAAAGAAUAUUAAUUUUGUGAUGCGCGUAAAUGAGCACAUUCUACUUAAACCCCGUUGCUGAUGCUGCUGCUGCUGGACUCCAGUAAACUUUACAGGAUUUUCAGCCUCCUCUGAAAAAUCAAUAACCCAAGGAAAUUAACUGCAGAAGACUUCCUUUUCACGACGAAGCAUCAAAAUAAGCUCACGCUGAAGAUGGGCACCCAAAACAACAGUGAUUUGGACAGACCUAGAAGCAACAUAGACUUAGAAGCACCUGAAAAAAACCUAUUUGGCAUCGGCACAGACAACUUAGUCACGCUUCUGAUUUUCGGACUCAUAUUUACUCUUGGCGUCCUUGGAAACUCUCUGGUGAUCACCGUUCUGGCUCAACGCAAACCCGGACAGCAACGAAGCACCACCAACAUCUUCAUCCUCAACCUCAGCGUGGCAGAUCUGUCCUACCUGCUCUUCUGCAUCCCUUUUCAGUCCACAGUCUACAUGUUGCCCACAUGGAUCUUGGGCGCCUUUAUUUGCAAGUUCAUCCAUUACUUUUUCACCGUGUCCAUGCUCGUAAGCAUCUUCACCUUAUCAGCCAUGUCGGUGGACAGGUACAUCGCCAUAGUGCAUUGCAGAAAGUCUUCGUCCAUUCGAGUUGCGAGGCAUGCGCUGAUCGGGGUGCUGGUCAUAUGGGUGCUCUCUUUCGCCAUGGCCACUCCGGUCGCCUACUAUCAGGGCAUCGUGGAAAGUGAGGACAACAGCACGUUUUGCUGGGAAGUGUGGCCAGAUCACGACAGGAGAAAAAUCUAUGUGGUCUGCACUUUUGUUUUUGGAUAUGUGCUGCCGCUGAUUCUGAUUUCUUUCUGUUAUGCCAAGGUCCUCAAUCAUUUACAUAAAAAGUUAAGAAACGUCUCCAAAAAGUCAGAGGCCUCAAAAAAGAAGACAGCUCAGACUGUUCUGGUGGUGGUGGUGGUGUUCUGCCUGUCCUGGCUGCCUCAUCACGUGGUGCACCUGUGGGUUGAGUUUGGCUCCUUUCCCCUGAACCAGGCAUCAUUUGUGCUUCGCGUGGCGGCUCAUUGUCUGGCUUACAGCAACUCGUCUGUUAAUCCAGUUAUUUAUGCGUUCCUAUCAGAGAACUUCAGGCAGGCCUAUAAGCAGGUGUUUCGCUGUCAGGUGGCUUCUGAGUGCCCUACAAAUGAAGCCAGAGAAAUGAAGAGCAAGACAGAGGCAGCACCAUCCACCAACUGCACCACUGUGUAAUCCAUAUACACUAUAAUUCUCGAUGGCUUUAAGUCUUCAGUAGAAGGCAAAGGGGUAGUUCCAUGUAAAAUUAUACUUUAAAUGAUAAACAUGGUUAUGUUUUAAUUGGUAUGAUCUUGAAGGAUUGGGCGGUUGACUUUUAAGGGCUUUUGUCAUCAUAAAAAGAGCAUUUGCUGUGUGCUUCAGUCUUGAUGAUGCAUUUUCUCAGAGCGCAAUCGAGACCUUACUUGGUACUUGCUGUGAAGCUGUAGUGAUGUAUGGCCUGUAAAUAUGUGCAAUCAAAAAAAGUGUGGGAGUAAGAGUGAGUUUAUGGGGUAUGUUUUUUUUUUUUUUUUUGCUUCAGGGAAAACAGGAAAUAUAAUCAAUCUUGAGCCAUGUUAUAAUAGAAAAAUGCUGUAUUAUUAAAUUAUAAUUGGAA